AUUCCUCCCCAGCUUUCCUUUGGGUCACACACACUCACACGCCCCACACACACACACCCUGCCUUCCCUCCAGGUCACUCCAGCGCCCUCCAGCCUCCUCAUCACCUCUUUCCAGUCUCCUCUGUACUUUGAAAAUCUGACGUGCCUAAAAUUUUUCACCUGUCACUCAAAAAAGAAUAUUGUUUUUUAAUAUAAAGUUCUUUUUUUUUCAAAGUGUGUGUACGUAUGUGUGUACGUCUUUAUCAUGUGCGUGUGUGUGCAGGGUAGUGCCACGCGAAGGUUUACAUAGUGCCAGAACUCAAGAGGCACUGCAGAAUUUUUUAGGCAGUGUAUUUAUUUAGGCCUCUGUGUGUUGCUGCAGAGGCCUAAGUGACUUUUUUUUUUUUUUUUUUUGAGGGGUUCGCCAAGAUGGAUGGAGUAAGAAUUGCUUUGCAAGUGGCGGCGGUGGCUGGAUGGCUGCUGGUUGUUAGCUGCUCGUCCCUCUUCGAAGACGUGGCCAUGACCCUUGGGGGACAGCGACCUUCCCCCAACACGGGUGUGAAUCGCGGCGAGUCCCUGUUCGGGGGCGUUAAGAUGUCCCUCAGCACCAAGGAACUGCAGGAGGCGGGACUGUGGGACGCUGCAGGCCCGGAUUUUGGAGGGCUGCCCGCCUCAGGAACCUACAACCUGCCGCAGCCCAAAGCGAAGAAAGUCGCCUCGGCCACAGUGUCCACCGGUCUGGGCAGCCCCAAGCGAGGCUCACUGUUUGAUGAGCUGCCCAACGCUGGGGCGAGUUUCCCUGACGCUGGUGUGUCUGCCAGCAGGUACUUCACCACCGCGGCGCCCCGCACCACCGCCAGUCUGUUCCAAGUGUCCGGCCUUGUGCUGCCGCUCUCCCAGGAGGAGGUCAGGCAGCAGGGCAGUGCCAGUCUUCAGGCAUUCUCCCUCCCGGACCCAAUACAAACCCAGCGGGCCGCAGCACCGCCCCAGGAGUCUGUGCAGCCCACCAGUGAGAUGCAGGACGCUCAGCAGGAUUCUACGAAAGAGGAGAAAAUGGGGCAAGAUAUGAAGAGUAAGAAUAAAGACGAUGAGGAGGAGGAUGUACUGUCAGCCCUGCAGUUGCUGGAGCGCUACGCCCCUCAGCUGGCCGCCGUGAUCAAUGCCACCGCCAUGAAGAAGGACUCCUCCACAACUUUUCCUCACGCCGUCCAGGGUGACUUCCAGCUGGCUCUGGAGACCCUCUCAGGGUCCCCCCACAUGGAAGCCCAUGACGAUUCUGCCUCUUAUGAAGACCCCCUUGAUCUGUACUCGUUCCUGGAUGACACUAAUGAGGAAGUGUCUCUGUCCAGCACCCGUGAGAGGCUUUCAAAGAAGGACAACAUUGCAGCAACCAGACGGAGGCGUCUGGAGGACCUCAGGCUGGCCCUGGACAUCAUCCGUAGCCUGGAGAGUCCACCGGUCAAGGACGAGGAUGAGGAGUUCCAGCUCAAGUUAGCAAAGUCCAUCUUCGACCAGCACAUUAACUCCCUGUCCGAGCUGACCCGGCGGCAGCGCGACACUCUGCACUCGCUCAUGACCAUGGUGCGGGGCUCCUCACGCUCCAGGAACCCCAACUCAUUCCGUCUCCCUCCAGUGAAGGAUGCAAGACCUCCCGCCUCACCUCCUGCACCACGCAGGAACUCGUAUCUUCCGCCAAGACAAGAUGACCCUCCACCGCCCGCGCCACGCAGGAGAUACGGCCCUCCGCAGCGCGACGACCCUCCACCUCCACGCAAUCCUGAGCCUCCCGCCCCUCCACGCAGAAGUUACGGCGCCCCUACGCAACGCGACCCACUACCCCCAUCCCCUCCUGAUGGCGGCGACAGUGAGGAGGCCACAGGCAUCGGACACCUCAGCUUGACUUUCACCCCGGCAGACAUAUACACAGUGCUUAGCGGCAUUCACGGAGCUAGAAAAGAUGUGUUCCCCUCAGGAGGAUCCUACCGCGCCCCAGUCACGCACGGUCCUACACCACCCCCUAAAUACUACAUAGCUGUGCCAUCCUCCAUCAGAACCCAGGCUGACGACCCCCAGCUACCACUAGCCGAUGAUGUGCGCCCCCCGGCCCCGCCUGUGUCCACCACCACCAGGAGGCCAUCGGAAAGCUACCUUCCACCGCGGGACGAAGGAAGGAGGCCCUAUGACAGUUUUGAAAGCUUCCUUGCUGAUCCCCUGCCCCUGGAGACUCCUGAAAGCUUGGAGGAUGAUGUAGACUCUUGGCGCCCCAUCUUACGCCCUGCAGACCCUGGCAUGUAUUCUCAGCGGCCCAGUGACGAGCAGCGUGACGACGCACGGAACACCACCAUCACCACUCACAACUACCACUACCACUACCACUACAGUCAGUUCAGCGAGAGCGACAGCAGCUCCGGUGAGGAACAGCAAGAUGAUGUGAUGGACAUGGAGGGUUACGGCCAACGCCAAGACGACCCCCUUCAGGACAUGGGGUACGGCAGGCAGAGGGAUGCCCCAGCCCCGCCCUCGACUACGCAGAGGAGGCACCGAGGGCAGUCUGACCCAAAUGUUUCAUCCUACUCGUCUAUAUUCUCAGCGGAUCCAAAUGACGAUUCAUUUGAAACCUUCUCCCAGCCUCCCGCUCCUCCCUCGUCAGGCUACGCCACUCCACCUGCCAGUCCACCUGAACCACCAAGAAGGGGCUACGGAUCGCCACCUGCAGCUCCACCUAUGAGAAACUACGGACCACCUCCUGCUCCACCUCCUCCACCACGUGCCCCUCCUGCUCCGCCACGUUCCUGCACCCAUGAGGGGCUACGGGACUCCACCUGCCAACCCACCCAUGAUGUACCGCCCUCCACGUGCGCCACCCUCCUUUUACAGCGCUCCACAACCCCCACUAGGUUUCCACGUUCCCCUACCCCUGUGACUAAUACCCCUGCCAACCCCACUUCUCCUGCACCUCCCCCACCUCCAGUGUAUGGAGCACCACCAGCUGACCCCACACCACCUGCACCUCCCCCUGUGUAUAGAGCACCCCCAGCUGACCCUGCACCUCCAGCACCUCCCCCUGUUUAUGGAGCACCCCCAGCCAACCCCACCACACCACCUUCAACAUACGGGGCACCCCCAGCAGACCCAGCACCCCCGGCCCCACCCCCCACCACCUCCAGACCCGUGGUACUUGCGCCCCCCAGACCACCUCCCCUUCUCAAGAGCCACUUCUCUGUGUUUAACAAGAAAUCCAAGCCCCCGAGGUUGUUCCAGCGCGCCCCGGUGGUGGCUGUAGGACCUGUGAGGGUGAGGCAAGCAGACACGCCCUCCCUCCUCGCCAGUGACACGCGGGGCACCACACGCAACCCACUACAACUGCAGCAGGAACAGCUCCAGAUGCAGUACCUAAGGAACGAGCAGCGACUGAGGGAUGAACAGCGCACUCUGCAGGACAUUAAUGGGCUGCGCUUCCAGAUCCAGGCACAGGAGCAGCAGAGGGACGAGAUGAUGAAGAACAUGUUCAAGGACAUCAAGAAGGAGAAGGAGAGCGGCUUCAAGAAACUGUUCUAUAAGGGAGCUUCUCUACUCGGCGCCAUGUCUUUCAUGCCAUUCUCAACCAGACGGAGAAAACGUGCAGCGCCAAACUUAUCAUGCACGACAGACGCCCUCAAUCUGGCCGUCCCCCCAGCUCCUAACUGCACCAACCAGGCCAACUUCUCCCUCACCGAUGUUGUUGGCGUCCUGCAGGCCAAACAGAAGGGCAUAAUGCAGGAGAUUAGUCUAAGCGACCUCGAGUCCCUCCUGCCACCGCCCGCUGCCCUGCAUGACCCAGGCUGCCUCCAUCGCUCCUUCUGCAGGCUCAUGGUGGGGCUGGAAGGGACGCCUCUCUACACUGCCUUUCUCAAUAAGUACCUCCAGCUAUUCCGAGGGCAGGAUGGCGGCGGCGGUGGUGGCGUGGCGGGUCAAGCGCUACAUUUCGCCCAGCAGAGACUCACUUACAGCACCAUUCACUCCAAGGGCACCUGCCGAGCCUUCCACUGCCCCUACCCCGACAAGGACCUGUGACCGCCUGAAACUGUCACCUGUAAUACCCGUUACAGUAGCUACUACUACUCAAACUAUUGCACUUCCACUUCUGACUCUCGUAUUACCAUUCUUUCCCCUCCACCUCUUCCUCCUUCUACCUGUAAUGAUCUGGAACCAUUAUCUGUAACUUUCACCUGCAGGACCCAAGGAAUGUUUAUAUUAGAGCUGUCAUGUUUGCAUUUCUUCAGUCUUCUGCUACUACAAUUUCACCUCCUAACUGUAUUGACCUGUAAUGACAUGUAGUGACCUGUAGUGACUUGUAGUGACCUUGAUCAGUAGUAUCUAUAUCACAAUAGCUACUUUCUUCCUCUUUCAUUCCUUUUCCACUCAUUGUUUGCACUUCUUCCUUACUUUCACCUCCCUAAUUCUUGUUUUGUCUAGAAUUCUUUCAGUAACCCACUUCAUAAUCUUUCAUUCGCUACACACACACACACACACACACACACACACACACACACACACACACACACACACACACACACACAGUCAAGGAAGGACCAUACUAAUACAGACAAACACAAGCCCAAAGGAGUAUAUUUCAGGCUCAGUGUAUAGCUAUAACUAGAUCAAAACACAUGCAUUUGUAAUUCCAAGUCUAUGUAUUGCUUGUAGUGCUUAGCUGGGAAUAUAUGUAAAGAGCAAUGGUGAAAUAUAAGGUUGAUUGUA